GAUUUGCUCUGUUGAAAAUACCAUCCUGUACCAAAUUUUUUUCCACGUAAGCAGCUAGCUGAAAUCCCUGAAAAUAACCAGAAUGGCAUAAUGCAAUGACAACCACGAAGUCUAAGUCUUUCAAGAGUACUUCGAAUUGUCGAUUUUUAGGGGAAAUGGUCUGAGAAGGCUGAGAAGCGAUUAAAUCCCGGUAUUGUUCGAGACGUUAUUAGUACGGGUUAUCUGAGUCAUCUUUUGAAGUCGUCUAAACGUUCAAAGACCCCAUACGCAGCACCUCUAAUUGAAGAUGAAUUACACAGCUUAUAUUCCAGACUACCAUCUGUUCAUAGAGUAUGCCAACACAUACGCCCAACUUCCCUUGUUUCCUUUCUUUGAUGUGGCCCAUUACAUCAUGAUGAUUCUAGCCCUCCGGAGGGAUGCAGGAGAUGGGUUUGUCUCUCUGGCCGAGAACAACCCCCUCGCUUGCUGGGUGUGUAGCAUGCUGUCCUGUUUCGCUGGAUACAUACUGAGCAAUGCUCUAUUAGGACAGUCCCUCUUGGCUCCCUUUGCAUACCACUUGAAGAUCGGCAUUGCUACAAUAGUAUGGUACCUUAUCUUCUACUCACCUGCUGAUAUGUUCUACAAGCUUGUGACCAGCUUCCCGGGAAAGCUGGUGGUCGGUCCCAUGAAGGAAGCUGUCAGGGCACGCAAGGUUGGACUGGGUGUGCUUCAGGCUGCCCAGGUCUAUCCUCAGGGACUCAUCAUCAUGGUCAUCAUUGGAACUGUCAGAGGAUCCGGAAGUGCCUUCAUGAGGUUCUUUGAGAGAGUCUUGCGAGGAGCUUGGAAUCCAACUCAGAAUGAAUUACUCAACCCAUCAUUCACCACCAAGGCCACCAUACUCUGCAGCAUCCUCCUCACCAUGGAAACACUGGACUACAUCCCCAUAGAUGCACCAGAGCUAAUGCUGAUGCUGACGACCUUCCUGGUAGGCUUCAAGAUAGCGUCCAUCAUGUUUAAUGUCGGCGACCCGCUGGUACCCUUAGAGAACCCCUGCAGAUCCCUACUAUUUGGAAAAUGGUUUGGAAAGGAUGCCCCUAAAGAUGAGAAAAGAGAUGAAAAGAGUAGGAAGAAGGACGGAAAACCCAAGAAGGAAUGAUACCAGCUUGGAUGAUGGGGUAAUAUAAUAUCCCUACGCUGUCAGGAGUUUUCUGCUUCCAUCACUGAUAGAGAUCGCUUCAGAAGGUUGAUGUAGAUGAUCUUUGAAAGUAUAUUGCAGUGUUGCACUGUGUUACACUAUUACUUGUGAGGUGAGGGUAUGUUAUUAGGUGAGUAUAACCAGGAAUGAGUUUACUGAGUAGAAUAUAGUAUUGCAGUGUCACCUUGAUAAUCCACCUUGGUUGGAAAGAUGAGGGAGCCAAGAUUCUUGGCCCAAGAAGUUACAAAAUAUUAAAAAGGAAAUGGCUAGUCAAUACUACAAUGCUGCAUACACUUGAUCUUUUCCAGAGGUAUGACAUUCUUGUUAAGGUCAUCACUUUGUCAUAGAACUUCCCUCUGUGGACAUUCAAAGGACUUCCAAUCUUAACCAGACUUUGUACAUGGACAAAUCGGGUUCAGAAGGCGGCAGGAUAAUACUCGGGCUUCACUCAGCUCUGGGAACUGCAGGAAAUGCAGUACAUUCCAUAAUUGAAUCAUACAAGGUAGUAGAAGCUUUACAGCAAGGAUGCUUUAUUGCAAAAAAAAAAAUCAGUGUCUUGUUAUGACCGAGUCAAGAUUUAACCUCUUGGCUCGUAAAUUGUGUGAUUCUGAUAUGCUUUGUACAGUCAGGGACUACAUGGUUCCAGUAUGCAAAGAGUUAACACGUUGACUGCUGAAUUAUGUGAUUUCCCAUAGGUUUUGUACAGGGACUACUGGAUCCAGUAGACAUUGGGUAUUUUACUGUUCCAUUCAUUUGUCCACAAGACAACAACACCUUUGAUAAUAAUUCAGUUAACAGAAAAUUGAGAAUAAGACACGUUUUAAAAAGCAGCAUUGUAAAAUAGGAAGAAGGUUAUGUUUUGUACUUAAGUUGAUCUUUAUGUAACUUUAGAGUGGGGUGAUACUAUUAUAUGUAAUGUUGAAUUUGAAGUUUUGGGGAUAUUUUAAUUGUUUCAGGUUUGAAGUAUUCACAUUUAUUGAUAACAAAAAGGGUCCUUUAAAUUUGCACCUAUGUAUUUUGCAGUGCAUGUGGUGAUGAUAGUCAAAGUUAACAUAUUCAAUCUUAUUUAUUACUCAUGUUCAUUGCCUUUGAAAGUUUUUGGCAGUAUAACACUAUAGAGUCCUUUCUAUUCAGUUAUUCAGUUGAGUUCAGAUGUGUUUGUGGACAUCUCACAUGCAAAAGGUGCAAGAAUGGUGCUAAUUCUUUUGCUUAUUAAGAUUUUAAACAAUUCUUGGAUUGUUAAUUCUCUGAAAUCUUCAGUUUAAGCAAGAGUGUCCCAUGCUGUGAAAUAUAAUUUAAUAAAAUCUUGAUUUUAGGAUAAUUUCGUAAGUUUUUUUGAAAUUCAAAGAAAUUAGGUAGUUAUUUUAUAAUUACAGUGAAAAAAAAAAAUUCUUUGUUCUUCAAUGAAAAUUCAAAGUUCUUAAGAAUGUGGACACAAGUUGUGUUAGGUUUACAGGAAGAACUUUUCAAUUAAGUGAGGCUCAUAUUAGAAAAGAAAUCAAAGUCCAUGAUGUAACUGAUUGUUUUCCUUAAGUGAUAGUUGAUUGAUUCUGUUUACUUGAAAUGAAAUCCCCUCAUUGUGUGCUUCAUUUAAAAGGGGUAUUGUGCAAAUGUACAACUCGAAUUACGUUGUAGAAUAAAUAUUAUGAAUAUAAUGUGGACUAUUGUUAUAAGAUUACACACAAAUUUAGACCUGCCAUUAUAGAUUUUUAGCUCAAUAUCAUCUCGCCCUUCUCUUUUUUGGUGCUGCCUAUUAUAUUGCCAAUUUUUUUUAUUUACUUGCACUCAGAAGAUGUAAGAAAAUAUACAUCAGAAGAAAUAAGUAAAUAUACAACUCAUUAUAUUUGUGAGUGUUAUAGGAUAGUGAUUGAGAUUUGUUGAAUUCAUUGCCCAUCUCAUUGUGUGACUGACCAAGUGCAUUACCAAAUAUUGUCUGAUCUAUAAAAAGAUUAUUGUUUCUUCAUUGUUUUUUAGAGAAUUUCCCAAUAUUGCAUAUAUUGAAAAUGAUGCCAGCCAACUCAAAACUCACCAUAAGUCACACAGUAAUGUAUCCUGCAGUGAGCAAGAACAAUAUAGUAAUUUUUUUGUAGUAAUUUGUAGAAACUUGCAAUUUUGAUACAUGUAGUUAUCUUGUAGAGUAGUUCUUGCUCUACCUACCGUCAUAAUGACAUUUUGAAAUUCAGUCGCCAAAACAGAUAUGAGGAACAACAUAGAGAGAGUUAACGCACAUGUGUAGUCAGCUUUAACUCUAUGUUUAUGAAACACCCCUUCCCCCAAAUUUUCUUUGUUCUGUAUGAACAGUUUGCCUUUUUCUUGCUAUAUGCAGGCAAUAAUCAAGAAGAUAUAGUGCAAUAUCAACAUUCUCAAUAGGCUUUGAGUUCUAUACAGUAAAUCUAUUGAAAGAAAUAAUACAAUAUUAAUGUAGAAACUUCGUUAUUCAUCUCUUUGAAAGUAAUUGAGUAAUAUUUAUAUUCAACUGGUAUUGUACCUGCUGAGUUCAUUAAUGUACAUUUAUUUGAUCAAGCAUCUCAACUCUCUUGUGUAUCACAAUGGACUUUAUAUACAUGUAUCACCUUUCAGAUAAUAGUACUGUUUUAUCAAAUAAAGUUGAAAUAAUGGAAAAUUUAAUUCACAUUUAUCUUGUGUACUAGUUGCAACCAUUGCAGGUUGAUUAAAUGCAAUGUAUAACAUGUUCACAUAGUACAGGUCAGUUUUCAUUUGAAGAGAACAGCAUAUUUCACAGACUUCACAAAUAAAUAACAUCCAUGAAUCUAUGAACUAUUCAUUAGCGAAGAAGGGGCUUAUGAAGAAAAGUACAUUUCAGCUGGGUUUGUUUUUAUAUGUUACUGCAUUCUAACAGUAUCAUUCACAGUUGAAAUUCAAAAAUAAUUCUUUCUAAAAAAACAGAAAAAGAGCUGUCUUUUAUGCUGACCUUUCCCAAAAUGUUGAUUCCUUAUUUAGUCACACUAUGCAGGUGUGGCAAGAAAAUGUUUGUAAUCAGUUGCAAAAUUCAGUUAUGAAUUUAAAAGUGGAAGGUAAAUUUAAACUAUUAAGCAAACCAAUUUAUACUUGUUGAUGUAAUAAGCACACCACCAAUCAAAUAAAAAUUUACAAGUAAUUUCAAGACUUAAAUUGACUUGGGGAUUACAAUUGACUUGAACGAUGAUUUUAUUCAAAAGAAUGGCAAAAAUAGUAAUCUCGGAGCUCUAUUUAGGGAAAGUUAAGAGGUCACUACUUAACAAAUUAAUGACUGAACUUUGAAUUUCACCAGGUGUAUCAUUGGCAAUCAUUGAAACUAAACUACUACUUUCCAUUAGAGAGCAGUGGUAUUUUCAAAUUAAAAAAAAAUGUAUAUCUUGGAAGAAGUUUAACUUAUAAAAAAAUUUAAAGGUAUAUACAGGUAAUGCAUGCUUUGAAUAAUCUGGUAUCGAAAAAUGCUCAACUCUGGAGAAUAUUUUGAUUUCUGGAAUGCUAACUUUAUGCAAGUUUCUAUAUUUCAAUACAAAGAAUCUAUUUCACCUCACCUGAUUAUUAGUCGCAAUGUACAAUGACUAUAUGGAACACUUGAGGGGGGCGGGUUUUAAGGCAAUAUAUAACUAUAUCCUGGGAAAUUUUCAAGUAAAAUUAUAUAUUAAUCUGCAAACAGCUCUCAAAUGAAGGUUACUGUAUUAGCAUACUGUUUUUCCAAUCGUAUGUUGGAGCGUAAUGUUAAGAUUUUGAGGGUUUUUUUUUAUACUUUUAUAUGUGAAUUAUAAUAAUGUGGAUUGAUUAUUAGAUUAAAUCUUGAAGAAACAAA